AUGCGUCUGGUCGGUCUUGUUGUGGCUCUCGCCGCUUUGGCGGAGGCUCAACUCCCAGAGACUCCUGGAGCCAAUGGUGAUUCCACCACCACGACUCUUCACCCUCUUCCCUUUGAAACUACUUCGUCUGAGAUUUCUGCAUUCGAUAAGACGACUUCUUCGAAUGUCGCACUUCCGGAGACAAGCACAGAUGUUCCGGUUCCUGAUACUGCGUUUACUUCAACCGAUAUGUUGCCUGAGCUGUCUGAGUCCAAGAGCACCGACAUUGCGGUUGGAGGUACUUCUACUGCCAAUGACGAGUCGCCUCUUGACUCGACAUCUUCUGGUGAGAUCCCUGUUGGACAGCCCACUACUGGGACGGGACAGCCUACUGGUCCCGAAACUACUGCCCAACAGCCUCCAGCUAUCGACACUACGACAUCACAGGGGCUUCUCGUAGCAGAGACAACUACUCAGCAACCUCUUGCCCCUGGUACUGCCACAACUGAUCAGGCACCUGGUGUCGAACCUACUAGCCAACAGCCUCCUGCACCUCAGUCAACUACUGAGCAAGGCCCUGCUGUUGACACAACCACCCAGCAGCCUCCCGUUCAGGACUCCACGACUGAGCAACUGGCACCUCAGGAUACCACUUCGCAACCUGUUGUUGGAGUGGAGACCACCACUACCCAGGCUCCGAUGCCCGUUACCACUUCCUCAGAACAGCCUGUUGGUGAGGUGCCAUCGACAACUGAGAAACCUGAGGACCCCAAGCCUACUACAACUCAGCAAGAGGAAGCUGAGCCUACUAGUAAGGACGAGGAAUCUGGUCCUAAGUCCGAAGACUUGGACAACGAGGACCCCAAGACCAAGGAUGAGACUGACCCUGAACCCACCACCAAGAAAGACGAGGCUCCUAUCACAGUUCCCCCUGCUGCUGUCACUGCUGAGCCUCAAGAGACCAUCUCUGGUGUCAGCGAUAACACUCUGCACAGUACCAAGGACAGCGAUGACAAUGAUGUUGUUGUCCCUGUUCUUUUUGGUCCGUCAUGCCUGAUCUUUUGUGAGCAUGCUGGAAAAGACAAUGGCCCUGGCGGUAUCGUCCUUUGGGGUAUUGGACCUGCACCUGGAAGCUACGUCCUUCCCCCUCUCCCUGGCAUCACUCCGGCUCCAUCAGCUGUCGUCAUCAACGGAGGUGUCCCUACUCCCGUAGGAACUCAGACACCUGAAGAUCCUGACGACCAGGACGAUGACGACGACGAUAAGAGUACUGCUGAGGAAGAGACCAAGACUGAAGUUCAGACUACUGAAGCCAAGUCCACUGCCGAGUCUUCCGCUGCUUCCACUACUCAGGCUAGCACCACUGAGCUGCCUCAGCUAUCGAUGGGCGUUGAGACUGUUGUAGUGAACGUUGAUGCUACUCCUACCACCGGCGCUACCUCCAGUGAAGCUACGACGGAGGCCACCAGCACUGAAGCAUCUACCCAGACUACAGAGCUUCCCCAACUGUCUAUGGGCGUGGACACGGUAGUUGUCGACGUUGAUGCGACUCCAACAACUGGAGGAACUACUGAGACUUCUGCUGCUACUUCUACACAGACGACUGAGCUUCCUCAGCUGAGCAUGGGCGUCGAUACGGUCGUUGUGGAUGUUGAUGCUACCCCUACUACAGGAGGCACCACCGAGACCUCCGCUGAGUCUGUCACUACCGAAGGGUCGAGCACUGAGGUUUCUGAGGCCACGAAGACCCAAGAUACCACUACCGCCGAGAUGACUUCAACAAAGGCCACAACUGCUGAGUCUACGACAGCAGGACCUACAUCUACUGAGACCUCUGUGCAGUCUACUACUUUCGCUACUUCCACCACGACUAAGGAGCCUGAACGCGAGUAUCCUUGCAUCAUUCAUGCCAAUCCCGGCAUUGAUCCCUACUGCGCCUGUGAGACUACAGUCAGUGGCAAGGGCUUCUAUGUCUACACUGAUUUGAUCUCGUCGUCUUGCGCCGACUACACGACCUUCCCCUCCUCUAUCCCUACUGAUGCUUUUGAGCCCAAGGUGACUGAGAAGCCUGACCCAGAGCCUUUCGUCAAGACCGACGAUGGCACAGUGGUUUCUUACCCCGACCGUACAGUCUUGGUUGGGAACUACCCAGGUGGAAAGUAUACUUAUACCCAGGGUGUCGGAGACGCUGUUACACUCGAGACUCCUUUGCCCACGCAGACUGAUGCGAACAACAAGGGCUCUAGCCAAUGCGGCAGCAUCGAUGAUGCAUGUGACCGUGCUUUGAACGAUGGUUUCGAUGAUGAGACGACAUACACGGACUAUGUCUCGCGCUAUGCUAGGAUCAAGAGCGGUAUGAUCAUGCUCGCGACAUUUGGUCAAGCUGGUUGCACGGCCCAGUUCAAGUGCGAUGACUAUGGUCUCGGAAUGAAGGGCAAGGACAUCAAGGAUGCUGUCCAGUACAUGAAGGAUAAUGAUGGAGUGAGCAAAUGUGGAACAGCGUUAGUAGGCUCCUGGGACCAAGAGCAUGGUCGACUUGGCGAAGGGGAACCAUUGCGAUCUAAUCCCAGCAAUGCCUUCUUCAAAAGUCUAUUCCAGCUUUGCUCCCCAACUCUCGAAUCUUUGACAUGGGAGAGUUGGAACCCCGAGGCCUGGAAGCCUCUCUCUCUUGGGACCGACCCCAAGUCCUUUCCUAAACUGCGACAGCUCCGAAUCAAGCCUGGCCGUGAUGCCAUAGAUGAAGCUAGUUUUGCUUCCCUCCUUUCUGCGCCGCUCAAGUCCCUCGAACCGAGUCACUCCUCUUUUCGUUUAUUUGAGCAUCAGAUUCGUUCCCGUAUCGAAGAGCCAUAUCGGGAUCUUGAGGAGCUUGUUAUUGAAUUAACAGAGAAUCCGCAGCUUGCCACGGAAUUAAUCCUCAAGCAUAACAGCUUGAAAAAACUUUGGGUUGCUCAAAAUUACUACAUGUCGGGUCGUGAUAAUUCUUUGGAUCGAGUCUUGAUCCCUGGCCUUGGAAAGGGUCGAUUUAAUAACCUUCGCUCCUUGUAUGUUCAAUUUGGAGGUCAAAACAAGGAUGCCGGCUACGACAAAGAUCAUUUUUUCAUUUUGCCGGAGUCUCUUGCGACUAUCUGCGAGCUUACGACCCUAGAGCAAUUGGGUCUGCGCUGCGAUGAGAUGGGAUAUGAGUCCUAUUCACCCGAGGACUACACUGGGGUCACUUUUCCCAUCUGGCUCAUCGACCAUGGUAAGCUGCGAGCUCAUCUGCAAAGUCUAAAGAAUCUUAAGAUGCUGGUCAUAAGGGGAGAUACAUAUCCCUCGAGGGCUGGCGAAGGUUCUAGCCACACUGGAUACUACAGACAGGCCUACGCGAACCCAGAAGAUCUCCAGACGGCGGAGGAUCACCCGGAGCUCGGCCCGUUCGUUCAGGAACGAGGCGAAUCAAGGGUGGCUUGGCAGCACGCACAUUUGUAUCGCAUGGUUGAGCAUGCAAGGAGUUACCGAGCAGUGUUACCAAAGCUCGAAUGGAUCCUUUGCGGAAAACGUCCGAUGAGAUUCAUCGAGGACGCUCAGGGGGUUGUCCAACCCCAUCCCGUUGGUAACGAAAUGGAUGAGUGCAAAACAUUCAUCGGACGAGUUUUUGGUCUAGCUUCUGAGGUUGAAAUAGCACAUUCGACGGACUAA